AUGCCCGGUCCUCCUCCUCCGCCUCCUCCUCCGCCGCCUGGGCUUGGAGGUCCUCCUCCACCCCCUCCGCCACCUCCAGGUGCUGGUCCGAAAGCAGUCAAACCACCGUCUGGCAAAGGCAGGGGAGCGCUACUAGGGGACAUUCAGUCUGGGGCGAGAUUAAAGAAGGUCCAAACAAAUGAUCGAUCUGCUCCGAUCGUUGGCAAGGUAUCCGAGGGACCAAGCGGGCCACCUAUGGGAGCUGCACCUCCGGUUCCUGGCAUGAAUAAAGCGCCAUCCGGACUUGCACCUCCAGUCCCAGGAAACAGAGCUCGAAGUAAUAGCGACUCACGCGAUACUGGAGGCUCGUCAAUGGGAGGGGGCCCACAGCUCGGAGGGCUAUUAGCUGGGGGUAUACCUAAAUUACGCAAGACAGGAGGCAUAGACACAGGUGCGGACAGCAGUUCUCCAUAUCUCUCGGACCCUGAGAGCUCGAGGAGAUCAGUACCUCGACCCCCUAUGGGCACACCUCCACGGCCUCCUGGUGCACCUCAGGGGGCACCACCAGCUCCACCAGGUAUAGCUGCACUGAGAAACAAUCUUCGACCUAGUCCUUCGGCAUUUACUCAUUCGGCGCCCGAGAUACCAUCCUCAAAACCAAAACCACCCCCAAUCGGCAAGAAACCACCUGUUCCACCACCAUCUAGUCGAAAGCCUUCCGGACUAUCUGCAGCUCCGCGGACUCAAACACCGACUCCUCCAGCGCCGCCUCCAAUACCGUCCUCUUCUGCCCCUAGACCACCUCCCGCUCGAUCAACCCCUCCACCGCCCCCCUCUGUUCCCCCAUCGGCUCCCUCUGGGCCAUCAAUUGCAGCACAGGCAGCUCGCAACGCUUUCGGUCGAUCGACACCUUCAGCACCUCCGCCACGACCUCCUACAUCUCCACCGGCGUCGCCAUCUGCAAGGCCUCCGCCAGCUCCUCCUGCGCCUCCACCACCACCAUCCGGAGGGCCGAGACUUCCUUCCGCACCAGCGCCGCCCCCACCGCCGUCUGCAGCUCCUUCAGCCCCCCUAGCACCUCCGCCGCCUCCUUCUGCCUCCCCCAGUCGACACCUCACACAAGUAUCAGGCCGACCAAUGUUAGAUGCGAGCUCAUACACAUUAUCGAAUGGUGGAGGAUCAGGACAGGGCUCGACCUCUGUGAGCCCGGGAAGACAAGGGACCGUGAUAUAUGUUCAGGAUACGAGAUGGAAGUUUCAAGAUGAUGACCAACUGCCAAAACCACGAGCAUUUAGUGGAGGUCCGAAGAGAUAUCGUGCUGGCAGAGGAAGCAGUGUCCCAUUGGAUCUCAGUGCCUUCGAGUAG